AUGCGGCGUCUCCAAGGUUUUCUCGGGGCUACACCCUCAGUAACUCCUCCUGAUCAAUACGCCUACGUGAACGCCGAUACCCGCGCCGCUCCGCCAGCUGAAGUCACGCCAACUGCUGACGGCGUCUUUACUGAUACGCUUCAGCAGGCGGCGGGGGAUGCCAUGGACGCACUUAACUCCGUAACGCAAAAGCUCACGGAUAUGGGACUGGAGCCAUGGCAGAUUGCCCUAAUUGCGAUCGAAGUCUAUGCUGUUGCGUGA